AUGGGCGGUGGCGACGACGACUCGGAGGCGCCUCCUCCUGCCGCAGACCCGCGCGGCGGGGACCGGCUGCAGUAGCAGCAGCAGCGCCGCCUCCUCCGCCGCGCCGGCCGCAUGGCGGGCUACGCGCCGCGCCUGCCCUGGCUGCUGCCGCUGCUGCGGCGGGCGGCGCCGCCCCCCUGGGCCCGGGCCGCCGGUGGUGCCGCCGGCCUUCGCGCCCCGCCGCGCCCGGCCAGCAGGUGCGGGACGGCCUCCCCGUUGCCGCCGCCGCUUCUGGUGCCGGUGGCGCCGUCAUGUCGCCACCUCCUUCUCCCUCCCGGGACGGCCGGCAGCGGCCCGCGCUCCCUUAGCGCCGCCGCGGGAGCGGAGCCUCCGGCGCCGCCGCCACGGGGAGCCGCGGGCACCUCGACGCGCUUUGAGGCUCGGAGGCUGCUGGCCCUGGCGCACCCCGAGCGCUGGAGACUGACAGCUGCCGUUGGCUUUCUGACAGUUUCCAGUGUCAUUACCAUGUCAGCCCCUUUCUUUCUGGGGAAAGUUAUUGACAUUAUUUAUACAAAUCCCAGCGAAGAUUUCACAGACAGCCUGACCAGCCUGUGUGCCUUGCUGAGUGGAAUCUUUUUAUGUGGUGCUGCUGCUAAUGCUACUCGUGUCUACCUCAUGCAGACUGCAGGACAAAGAAUUGUGAAACGUUUGAGAGCAACCAUGUUCUCCUCUCUUCUGAAGCAAGAAAUUGCUUUCUUUGACAAGACAAGAACGGGAGAGUUGAUAAACCGCUUAUCUUCAGAUGCAGCCCUCUUGGGCCGUUCAGUGACUGAAAACCUUUCAGAUGGGCUCAGGGCAGGAGCGCAAGUAUCUGUGGGGGUUGGAAUGAUGUUUUUUGUGUCCCCUAGCCUGGCUGCAUUUGUUCUGAGCAUUGUGCCACCCUUGGCUGUCCUGGCUGUGAUUUAUGGAAGGUACUUGCGAAAACUUACUAAAUUGACCCAAGAUUCUCUUGCAGAAGCAACACAGUUAGCUGAAGAGCGUAUUGGAAACAUAAGAACAGUUCGAGCUUUUGGGCAUGAGGUGGCUGAAAUGGAGAAGUACACAAAGAAAGUUGAUUAUGUGCUACAGCUGGCUAAGAAAGAGGCACUCGCUCGGGCAGGCUUCUUUGGAGCAAGUGGCCUUUCUGGAAACUUAAUCGUCCUCUCAGUCUUAUACAAAGGAGGAUUGUUAAUGGGCAGUGCCCACAUGACAGUUGGUGAACUCUCAUCUUUCUUAAUGUAUGCUUUCUGGGUUGGAAUAAGCAUUGGAGGUCUAAGUUCCUUUUAUUCUGAGCUAAUGAAAGGACUGGGUGCUGGUGGACGUCUGUGGGAACUUAUUGAAAGGAAGCCCCAGCUUCCAUUUAAUGAGGGAGUCACAUUGGGCAAAGACACAUUCAGAGGUGCUUUGGAAUUCAAGGACAUUGAGUUUGCAUAUCCAACACGUCCAGAAACAUCCAUUUUCAAAGAUUUUAGUCUUUCCAUUCCAGCUGGCUCUGUUAUGGCUCUGGUUGGCUCAAGUGGUACAGGGAAAUCGACUAUUGUAUCCCUUCUGCUGAGGCUGUAUGAUCCUAUCUCAGGUACUAUCACCGUUGAUGGCUUUGAUAUCCGUCAGUUAAAUCCAUUGUGGUUCAGAACAAAGAUUGGAACAGUGAGUCAGGAACCAAUUCUGUUCUCCUGUUCCAUUGCUGAAAAUAUUGCCUAUGGUGCAGAGGAUCCUUCUACGGUGACUGCAAAGGAGAUUCACAAAGUUGCUGAAAUAGCUAAUGCUGCUAGUUUUAUCAGAGAUUUUCCAAACGGAUUUGACACACUAGUUGGAGAAAAAGGCGUCUUGCUUUCAGGUGGACAGAAGCAACGAAUUGCAAUAGCUCGAGCUCUGCUCAAGAAUCCUAAAAUUCUUCUGUUAGAUGAAGCAACAAGUGCUUUGGAUGCUGAGAAUGAGUAUCUAGUGCAAGAAGCUCUGGACCGGCUGAUGGAAGGGAGGACAGUCCUAAUUAUUGCUCAUCGUCUGUCGACUAUUCAGAAUGCUGAUUUCGUUGCAGUUCUUGGCGAGGGCAAAAUUCUUGAAUGCGGAAAACAUGAUGAACUACUUGCAAAUCCAAAUGGACUUUUCAGGAAACUAAUGCAGAAACAAGCUUUUCUUCAGAAUAGUGAUGCUUUUGCAUUAGAUUUACAACCCAGAGAAAAGGGUGUAUUAAAAGAAAAUGUAUGAGAGAAUAUGUGAAUAAUGGAAGCUUACAAACUACAAAGAAUAUAACUUAUGUUUCACUUAUGUAAAGUAAAUGUUAUAUUUUUCCAAAAUGUACAAAAUAUUCUUUUGAAACUUAAAUGUGUUUAAUUUUUUUAUGGAAAGCUUUUUAAUAAUUAUUGCAGCUUUUUAAAAUGUCUAUCAUAUUGAGAUAAUUUCAGUAUAUGGAUUUUUCUGCUUUUUGUUGAGACCAUUUAGAAUCUUGUUUGCUGUAAUGCACUGUAUGUUGGUGUGCUGCAUUCGGUAUUUUAAGGGUAAUUAAAUGACAAUCUUAUCAUUUUCAUAAUCAUUCUCUUCCCUUUUCAAGAAACUUUUGAUUUCUGUGGUUGUCAGUAGUCUUAAAAUGCACGACACUAAUGUACUCU